UAGAUGACAUUUCUUUCUGUUUUUGGCAAAAUAAAUGAAAAUUGUAAAGGAAAGAGAACUCUUCAAGUAUUAUUUGUUUUGUUCUUUAAAUACCCUUAAGCCCUAGCGAAUAAAACAAUGUUUCAAGUAAAUAGAUUUAAAAUGUCAUUAUUUAUAAGAAGAUCACUGGCUACUUUAUCCAAAGAACCUAACCCAAAUUCAUUGGAUUACUGCUCCAAUAUUGUGAGACAGUAUGACUAUGAGAACUUCCUGUCCACUCUUCUGUUGACUAAAGCAGUUCGAUCUCCGGCUCUGGUCGUGAGAGCCUUCAAUGUGGAGAUCGCGCGGGUGCAGGACACCACCUCCGACCCGCAAAUUGCAGCCAUGCGCCUUCAGUUCUGGUACGACACAGUAGGCACUAUUUACAAGAAAGAGCAACAAGUUCGAAAUGUGCCAGCCAACCCUGUAGCUCAAGAAUUAUUCAAAGUAUGCAGCAGUUAUAAACUUCCAAGAAGAUAUUUAGAAAGAUUAGUCAUGGCCCGAAACAAUCUACUUAAAACUAAAUAUUUUCAAACUUUGGAAGAUGUUGAGAAGUAUGCAGAGGAGACUGUCUCCUCCAUUUACUACUUGCUGCUGAGCAUCGCGGGAGUGGCCGAUGUGCAUGCCGAUCAUGCCGUCUCACAUCUGGGGAAAGCUCAAGGAAUUGUCAAUUUGUUAAGAUCCACCCAAGUGGCCAGUCAUCACAAAAUGGUAUCCCUUCCCAUGGAGAUCCUCAUGAAGUAUCAGUUAAGUCAAGAAAAUGUUUUGCGUGGAGGUGAUAGUGAAAACCUGAGAAAUGUUACUUUUGAUGUUGCCAGCAGGGCAAAUAGUCAUUUACAAAAGGCACGGAGUAUUUCAGUACCAAAGACUGUGCAUCAAAUAUUACUUCCUGCUAUAGCUGUAGACAAUUAUUUAAAAAGACUAGAACAAUGUAAUUUUAAUAUUUAUGACAAAAAAUUGAAACUUACAAGUGGAAUGUUACCAUUGAACCUCUAUAUCAACAGUUUAUUUAGCAAAUACUAGAAUGCAAAUUUGAUUAUUUUACUAAGAAUAGAUUACUUAUUAAUUUA